AUGUCUUGGUUGUAUAACGCGAUAGCGGGGGGAGUAGGGGGUAGCGGUGGACGCGGUGCUAUUGCAUUACCGCUGGAUCCGCCGCCGACUUACUCCACCAGUGCCAGUGCUGGCGGUCCCCCCGCAUCCGCUGCAUCAGGAGGCGGAGGGAGAGUAGGAGGAGAGGGACACCCGUCUCGGGGCGUGAAGGAAAGACUUCGGAGACCCCCUCCAUUGGAUUUACCUGCUUUGAACAUGAUCAGGGGGAAGAGGGUUAUUCUAGCUUCGGCUUCCCCCAGACGUAAGCAGUUGUUGUCGCAGGUAUGGUGGUAUAUUUCUUUAUUGCUGUUUUGUUGGCUUUGAUCCCAUUGCGGGAGGGAUGGCGGUAGGUUGCGUGUGAAUUGUUCACCGAGGCGGUGGGAAAUAGCACCUAUACCCUCUCAAUGCCUAGCUCACCCACACGCACUCGCUCUGCAUGUCUUGCGCACGGCAUAUCUAAAGAUGGGACGAGCUAAUUUAGUCCCUCCCCAUCUAUUUAUCUAUCCAUCUCCAUCUAUCUCGUGAUUCCAGUUACGACAUAUACAUGACAACCCACUAAUCUGUCUUUAAUCAUCCCCCCCCACACUAGAUUGGCCUGACAGACAUAGAAGUGAUACCAUCAAGCUUUGCCGAGGACCUGGACAAGUCCCGCUACGGGGCCUUCGAGUACGUGCGCGAGACGGCCGUACAAAAGUGCCUGGAGGUGUACAAGCGCGAGAUCAACAACCCGGUCAAGGGCGAGCCCGCUAUCGUCUUGAGCGCAGACACCGUGAUUGUCAGCUAUGCCGGGGAGAUUAUGGAGAAACCAAGGAGCGAGAAGGAACACCUGGCCAUGCUAAAAACUUUGAGGGAUGGGCCUCCACAUAAAGUGUAAGCUUUUUUUUUAAAUCUAUCUUAUAACUUCCAUAUUCCCGUUCUGCCUGGCCGGAUGGGUGGGUAUCAUGCGGGUAUAUGGGAGUUACCAUGCUCGCACACACGUCAAAAAAAAAAGGAAAAAAGAAAAAAGAAACGAAAAGGAAGGAAAGAAGGAAACCUAAAAUAAACUUUUCAUUUUCUCUCCCGAGCCCGCCCCUUCCCUCCACCCACCUCCCCAACAUAGCGCCCCGACACCCUGGGACGGAGUCUAAGCUAAACUUAUUCACCCACUUGCCGCAUUUAUCAGAUGCACCGCUGUCGUGGCCAUGGCACCCCUAGAAACACUAGUCUACCCUGGCUAUGCGCAGGAGAACCAUGUUGAGGAGACUAUAGUGACCUUUGACCCAAUGGUCACAGACCAUCUUCUGGAGGCAUAUGUCAAGGUUUCUAGUCCGCCCCACUCCAUGCAUGCAGGCACUAACCAACCUAAAACCAGACAAGAGAAGGCGCCGACAAAGCCGGCAAGCCCCCCCACCCUGGUAUGAUGGAAAGGUACCAUUGCUUACGAGUGAGAAUGCGUAUAGGUGGCUACGCAAUCCAAGGCACCGGCUCGAUCCUUGUGAAGAAGAUUGAGGGCACUUUUGAUAACGUGGUUGGCUUGCCGCUGCGCGGGACGUUGAAGGUUAUCGAAAGGGUAUUGAGUAAUGAUGAGAUGACUGAGGAGGGGGAGGAAUAUGAGGGAGGUGAGGAGUGAGUUGAGCUGAAGGGUUGGGCAUUGUGAUAAUGGCGAUUAAAUUGGUAAUGGAAGCCGGGCACGAUACAGUAUAAUAUGGCAACC